CAGUGUUUGUACACUACCAAAACUAUCCUUAAUCCCCGUUCAGCUCCUCCGCCCAUUAUGGCAUCCGUCGCGGGGCCAUCUCAGCCUCCGGUCAACCCAACAUCGUCCGCAGUAAGCGCAAAUGAUGCGAAGAGACGCGCGGAUGAGCAGAAUGCUCCAAGAAAGCACGCCCGUUUACCUCUCCCUCCUCCUCACAUCCUCGCUGCCCUCGUGCCGGAUUCACCGGCAUUCACGGAGCUUAUGAAGAUUGAACAGAAUCUGGAUUGGACGCUGCUGCGCAAGAAGGCAGAGCUUAACGAUGCGUUGGGGCGCCCAACCCGAAUCAAGCGGACGCUGCGGGUUUUUGUGUCCAAUACUGCUCAUGAUCAACCAUGGCAGCAAGAGCUGGCGCAAUCGGCCGAAUCUGACGCGGCAAAUAUCAAUGCUGGCAAGGGCAUUCCAGGUUGGGUCCUGAGGGUGGAAGGACGCUUAUUGGAUACUGGAAACGUCCGACUGGACAAGACGAAGCGAAAGUUCAGCUCCUUCAUUCGUUCGGCGGUCAUUGAGAUGGAUGAUCGCACAGCCCCUACCUUUCCAGAGGGCAAUGUGGCGGAGUGGCGUCCAAGGAACCUGCAGCCGCCCUUGGACGGAUUCGAGGUCUCGCGCAAGGGCGAUGUCAAUGUCAACUGCCGAAUACUACUGCAUAUCGAGCAUUCCCCCGACCGAUUUUCUGUACUCUCCCCCCUCUCAGACUUGAUAGCGACGAAAGAGGGCACCAAAUCUGAAAUCAUGGGGGCCAUAUGGAAGCUUAUCAAGAUGGUGGGCGCCCAAGACAAGGAAGAUGGGACGAUAGUUCGGCCGGUGGGAGGGUUCGAGAAGAUUAUUGGCAAAGACGGCAUCGCUUUUCACAAGCUGCCAGAAGUUGUGGGACGUUUUCUCGCUCAUCCUGAUCCGGUCGUGAUACCUUACACCAUAAGGGUGGACCAAGACUUCCACUUGAGUCCCAAAUGCUUUGACAUCCCUGUGGAAACGGAGGACCCUAUGAAAAGCAAGAUGGCGUCGAUCGUCUCUGCAUUUGAGGGCCAAGAGGGCAAGGAAGUGGCGGCUAUUGAAGACAAGGUUGGAGAAUUGGCAUACUUUGCGAGAGAUUUGAAGCAGAAGCGCGAUUUCCUGGAAUCAUUUUCCACCGAUCCGCAUGGUUUCAUCCAGAGCUGGCUGGCUGCACAAGCGAGGGACUUAGAUCAAAUGCUAGGGUAUCAAGUUGGGCACGGCCCCAAUGGUGGCAGCGUGAGGGAAGAGGAUUUGCGUCGGAGCGACCUAUUCCACAUGCCUUGGGUGGACGAAGCGGUCACUAUCCACGAGGCAACGCGCUUAGAGCGCGAGAAGCGACAAUGAUCAAUGCAUGUUGAUGAGAUGAGAAACGUUAAG